AUGGCAGAUUCGGUCUUGAUAGACGGAAAGUCACUUAACCGUGGCGGUGACGACCUCGACGACCUCCAGUUCAAGGGCGAUGAGAGUCUAGAUGAGACACCCAUCCAUUCAAUCCCUUCAAAUGUAUCUAUUAUUGAUCGACUUCCUCCCGAGAUUAUUCGUCUGAUCUUCUCCUAUCUCUCUGCGCGAGAGCUUGCACGCGUAUCGGCAACGUGCCGCGUUCUCGCCGAGCAUGGCUCCGACGAUGGCCACUGGUCUCGCCUCGUAAAUUCACAUCUACCAUUCACCAUCGAUGACUCGGGGCCGUUCACUUCAUUCCGUCGGCUGUACCUCGCGCAUCUACCAUAUUGGUUCAUCCCUCAAAACAAAAUUUGGAUUUCGGACACCGAGGCCGUUGGCGGUCUGAUUCUGGCAAGAUACGACCACCGACGGGGCGUGAUCGAGGCGUACCGAAUCAUUGCGGAUCGCCGUAUCCCCUCAUUUCAUAUCUGGAGAGCUCAGCCCGAUGUGAUGAUUUUGUCGUUCGAGCCCGAGGUCAGCUUGUGGCUGGACGAUCCCGUUCUCUUGUUGAAGGAUGAGGCCCCGUCAGAUUCUGUCGCAGCCGGUCAGAUAUGGAACCCAGAUCGUCGGAUGCCCAUGGCAGUUGAGGCUCAACACGUUUUUAGCUCGCUCAUGCUCUGUCCGAGAGAUACAGGGGAGUCGGACGCACAACUUACGCCGUCUCAGUUUUGGCCACCCCCACUUAUUCCAGCAUCGAACCAUAUCCCUCGUACCCUGCACUCAAGAGACACACAGUUGCCGAGCUGCGCAUCGGAAGUGUCGCCGAUUGGAUUCCGCAUCAAGCGAUGGGCCAACUUUCGACUUCAGCCUACCGAUACUGAAACCAUUUCGAAUUACGCUACCCUUGACCCAGAGCUGUAUACACCCACAAAGGAGAAACCGUACCAGGGAAUUUGGGUGGGCGACUACUCUGCCCACGGAUGCGAGUUCCUGUUGAUCUACCAACAACUUGAGGUGGUCGAUUCUGAUGCUAGCCAUGACGCAGGCAGUGAGCAGGUCGAGAUGCGAAACACCCUGAGAGCUGUUAAGUUGACGGGCGACCCCAAUGUGCCACGAGGGGAAAUCACUUUCACGGCGGCCGAUAUCGGGCCAAAGGGAUUUGUCAGAGUCGCGGAAGAGGAGCCUUUCGUGGGUGCCCGGAUCGUGCGAAGCUAUGGACAUGUUGCAGGCAUAGGUUUUCGCAAUGACUCAUGGACAGCAUCACAACUGAUCCUCAUAUCGACCGACUACCUUGCACAUUACUGGCAAGAAAUGGGUCAUAUUUCGUAUUUCCGUCGCGUGGAUAUCGAUGGGCUGUUGAAGAUCUGA